UUUCUUGAUCCUUGACUUGUUUUUAAAGCGUGUCUCUUCUUUCAACAACUAUUCCUCGGGUCUUCACAUUUGUUUUUGUAAACUUUAUCAUGCAUCAAAACAACCCAUACCUGAAGCAGAAGCCAGAUUUCGCUCGAUUGGCUUCUAGAUACCCAAAAUUUGCUCCCUUCGUCAGCGUUUCCGAGGAUGGAUACACUUCUAUCAACUUUCAGGAUCCAACUGCUUUGAGGGAAUUGACCAAGUGCUUGUUGAAAGAAGAUUGGAAUCUGGAUGUAGAUUUGAGAGAGGACAGGCUUUGCCCAACUAUACCCAAUAGGCUAGAUUAUAUCUACCACGUGCUCGACCUCGAACCACACCUCCCGUCCUCUUCUUUGAGACCUCUACGAAUCCUUGAUAUAGGAACAGGAGCGACGGCUAUCUACCCUAUUUUACUGGCUCGACUCCGCCCAGAUUCUCGUAUUGUUGCUACAGAGAUCGAUGAAAGUUCCUACAACCAUGCCAAGGCAACACUUGAGAAGAACAAUAUACCUCCGUCUUCAAUCACCGUACUGAAAUCACCUACACCUGAUCCAAUCCUCUUUCCAUUAUUGGAAUGCAAGGGCAAGUCUGAGGACUGGGACCUCACAAUAUGUAAUCCUCCCUUUUUUGCGUCCUCACAGGAAAUGCUGCAAGGGAUGGAACUAAAAGAUAGACAAGCUCAUGCAGCCCCGACUGCGUCUGAUAAUGAACUGAUUACCAGAGGAGGAGAACUUGCUUUCAUAACAAGUAUGAUACGAGAAAGUAUUGACAUAGGGCACAAGUGCACGUGGUAUACAACACUAGUGGGAAAGUACUCGUCUUUGCAGCCCCUCAUAGAGACUUUGCGGGAAUUCAAGAUUGACAACUACUUUGUCAUCAAUAUGAAGCAAUCCCGGACUUCUCGAUGGAUACUUGGCUGGUCUCACACCAUGACACGACUUCCUGAUAGCAUAACCAGACCCUAUGCGAUCAUGGAAAAUACGACAUUUGCUCAGCUUUUACCAUCUUCAAAUACCGUGCGAUUCAAUGCCCCACCACCCGUAUCGCUUACGACACUGAAAGCCAAGGUGCUCGAUGUCCUUCGAACUGUCGCUUUAGACCCCUCGAAAGAUAGUCCGGAUCCUUCACAAUAUGAGGGUGAGACGCAGAACUCCGUACUGAUCUCCCCCAGGAUCAAUACGUGGUCCCGGGCUGCUCGCCGAAUGGCCGCAAGGCAAGAAAGCAAAGCGGAGCCAGAAGGUCAAGGGGAAGCGAGCAAACCACUUACCCUCUUUCGCUGUAGAAUUAAGUACGUCAAUAGCCACACGAGGCCAAUGGACGGAUCACCAUCUUUAGAGAUUGACUGGCUCGAAGGGAGACGAGAAGAUCGAGAAGUUUGGGAAAGUUUUUGCAAUUUCUUGUUAAGCAAAUUAGGAUUAAGCAGAAAGCGUCAAGCGGAAGCCGAAUCAGAUGGUCGUCCUCUGAAAAGCUCAGGAAGACGGUUCCAGGGGAACUAUGCAAGGGGCCGCAUGGCGAUGUAACAAGAGCGGGAUGGCAAGACAACUAGCGAAAGAGCCGUUUGAAUUAAAAUCGAAUAUGCGCUGCAUGCAUUUGAUGACUAGUUAGUG